AUGCUCCCAAAAAUCUGUUACUUCCUAUUCUACCUCUUCCUCACCCUCGUCGCAGCCACCCCGGUGGCAUUGGAAGAGAGAGCCCCCAAGCAGGCCCCCUCAGAUCUCGGCAUCAAGCGCCAGGUAAUCGACAACGUCAACAAGCCUCCCAAAGCAAGCAAAAGUCAAUUCAUCGAGUACUCCUCCAUCCUCACCUUCAAGGACGGUAGCAAAAUCACCAAUGACCAUAUCGUCGGACUCGCCAAAGCCGCCUGGGAGGAGAUGUACAACGAGCACAUGAAGAAAGACAAGAACAGCGUUGACGUACCCAGCGUCAUGACUGCAAUGAAAGUCGGUAAUGAGGUCUAUCUUGCGUCUAGCAUGAAGGGCGGCCAUAGUCGUUAUAUCUACGUGGAGAGGGAGGAUGGAAUGAAGCCUGAUUCUGGGAAGAAGACUCCUGGUACUGAUAAGAAGCCUGGCUCGGAUAAGAAGAAUCCUGGAGACAAGAAGAAUCCUGGAGACAAGAAGAAUCCUGGAGACAAGAAGAAUCCCGGUUCAGACAAGAAGACUCCUGCGGACCCGCCAGCGGAGUUCUAUGGUGAAUUCACGAGUGUUUUAAAGGACAAUGCUAAGGAUGUCAUGGAAGCCUUGAUCGACGUCAGCAAGCAGAGCCAGGGCCACAAGAAUGGUAAGACCGCCGCGGUGGAACAGGCGGCAACGAGCUCAGCGAAUGGUCAAGGUUCGAAGAACACAAAGGGAGGAAACCCUCCUAAAGAUCCCACCAUCCUCCAGCAUCGGACUAGUGCCAGCUGUGGCGAGAUCAUGGUAUCUCUCGAGUAUCGCUUAGCUCACAAGCAAGACACGCUGAGAAGGAAGACUCCCAAGCCCAAGAUUGUUGCAUGGGCUGGGAAUAAGAAGACGGGAAAAGGGGGCAAGAUCAUGGAUCCUUGUGGUAAAAAUUCGGGUAAGCAGGACAAUGAUGCAUGCGGCGAGAAUUGGGGUUGUGCUGCUUUUACCGGGCCAGCAGGCAUGGAUUUCGAUGUUAUCCGGUCGACCAACCCGAUUGAUCCUAGCACCAAGGGCUUUCCAGAGUUCACCCAUAGGAAUGUGGACUUUCCCACGCCUGCCAAGAUUCCGUCGCAGUGA